AUGGUGAAUCUGGAACCCAUGCACCCAGAUAUCAAGAUGAGUGGAGAUGUAGCAGAUUCCACAGUUGCUCGAAGUGCUCUCGGCCAGGUGGAGACAGGAAAUGAUCGAAACGGCUUAGAUUUCAACAGGCAGAUUAAAACCGAGGACCUCAGUGACUCUCUGCAGCAGACCCUCUCUCAUCGGCCAUGCCACCUGAGUCAAGGACCUGCCAUGAUGCCUGGAAACCAAAUGUCUGGGGACGUGGCUUCCCUCCACCCGCUCCAGCAGCUUGUGCUGGUUCCUGGACACCUACAGUCUGUCUCCCAGUUCCUGCUAUCUCAGACCCAGCCUGGGCAGCAAGGUCUGCAGUCAAAUCUUCUCCCCUUUCCACAGCAGCAAAGCUCUCUCCUCCUCCCGCAGACUGGGCCUGGCCUGGCGUCCCAGGCAGUUGGGCGCCCUGGAGUGCCAGAAUCCUCUUUAGAACCGCAUCUGGAAGCAUCCCAGCAUCUCCCAGUCCCCAAGCAUCUCCCCAGCUCUGGAGGAGCUGAUGAGCCCAGUGACCUGGAGGAGCUGGAAAAGUUUGCCAAGACCUUCAAGCAGAGGCGCAUUAAGCUGGGCUUCACACAGGGAGACGUGGGUCUGGCGAUGGGAAAGCUGUAUGGCAACGACUUCAGCCAGACUACCAUCUCCAGAUUUGAGGCUCUAAAUCUGAGCUUCAAGAACAUGUGCAAGCUCAAGCCGCUGCUGGAGAAGUGGCUGAAUGAUGCAGAAUCCUCUCCAUCAGACCCCUCCGUGAGCACCCCCAGCUCUUACCCCACCCUCAGUGAAGUGUUCGGGAGGAAGAGGAAGAAGCGGACCAGCAUCGAGACCAGCAUCCGUCUGACUCUGGAGAAGAGAUUUCAAGAUAACCCCAAACCCAGCUCAGAGGAGAUCUCCAUGAUUGCAGAGCAGUUAUCCAUGGAGAAGGAGGUGGUGAGGGUCUGGUUCUGCAACCGACGCCAAAAGGAGAAGCGAAUCAACUGCCCCGUGGCCACACCCAUCAAAUCACCCAUGUACAGUUCCCGUCUGGUGUCUCCCUCUGGGUCUCUGGGGCCCCUCUCUGUCCCUCCUGUACACAGCACCAUGCCCGGAACAGUAACGUCAUCCUGCUCCUCUGGGAACAACAGCAGGCCUUCGUCUCCUGGCCCAGGACUCCAUGCCAGCAGCCCUACUGCAUCUCAGAAUAACUCCAAAGCGGCUGUGAACUCCUCCACUAGUUUUAACUCUUCAGGAUCUUGGUACCGAUGGAAUCAUCCCACCUACCUCCACUGAGACCAAAAAGUUUCUCCUAUGCCACUGGCCCUGUAUUCCCCACUGGAAGGAAGGGAGUCACGCCUUCUCUGUAUGGACAGAUUACUUUCAGGAGAGUAGAAGAGAAUCUCCACUAUCAAUGAACCCAAAUUCUUGCCUUCUUCAGGAGCAAGGGCCUCUGGAGAUCCAAACUGUGACCAAACCCUGUGCUGCCUCCUAGUGCUCUUGAAACGCACAGCCCUCCUAGGAGGUGACCAUUUUUACCUUCCUUGCCUGUGUCCUUCUCCUCUCAUUCCAAAUAUGUCAGAUGGCUUCACUGCGACAGUGGUCUUUCAAAAAGGACCUCUUGCCAUUAUUCUCCAGCUCAUCUCCAGCUCAUUCUGGGCAUAGCCAUUUGCCUGGUGCCAAACCACCAGAGGGGAGAGAAGGUUUUGACUCUGAACUUAGCCACAAUCUCCGAACUGAUUCUAGAAUCUAUGAAAAGAUUUGAAUCUGAUGUCUCCACCAAAGCUCUGAUGUCUUCUCUGUUCAGCAAAGCUUUCUGACUGAGUCUUCAUGUCACCCUAUUUUCUCUUUAGCCCCGCCCCUUUUCCAGAACCACAUCCAUUCAUGAUUGUGUUCUCCGAAUUCCCUCCUCUUUACAGAACGCUGAGCCACGCUCAGCCCACUGGGCACAUUGCUCUGCCCACAGGUGUUCUUCUGUCUGCUCCGUCUGCCCCAGAGUUCAGGAACGCUUGUUCUUUCUCUCCUUUCCUGUAUUUCUCCUUAUCUUGUCCUCUCUCCCUUCUCCUGGUGCAGAAGGAAGAACACAAACGCACACACGCAACAAUUAUGCUGGCAAAAUACCUGUAUAUAGCCCUAUACUUUUUUUGCAUUAUGUUCUUCUCUCCUUAAUGUGGAAUUUUCCAGCAAAAUGUUUAACUCAGGUGUGAAUUUUGAAGAUCUCUGUAAUAUUUUAUCUUCUUUAACAAAAAAGAAAGAAAGGGAAAGGAAAAAAAUACCAAAGUGUGAAAUACCGUGCUAGCUUCCACAAGAGUUCCCACGUGGGCUGGGAAUCCUUGUUGAUUUCUGCGGGAACAUUCUU